AAUGACAGACAGACAGACAGGCCAAAAACAAUAUGCCCCUGAUCAUUCCAUCCGGGGGCAUAAAAAUAUUAUUUUUUAUAGAAAUCAUACAUACACUAUUUAAUAUAACAUUUUGUAUAUCUCCCACUUCAGGUGAUAGUAGGGCAGGCCUAUAGUGUUCAAUGGGACAGAAUGGCAGAAGUGGCUGUUACCGAAAUUCUAGCCGAGGGUAAAAAUAUGAAAUUGCAUGGAAAAAAACUGGCCCCCACAGUUUCAAAGCAGAUGACAAAGGCCCACUGCGACUGUCCUUUUGAAGAUUCUCCCAGCGACUGCCACAACCCAGCCACCAACUGAUUUGGUAUCCACGACUUAAUGGUGGAAACAACUACAUGUACAACAUUGCCAUCGAUGAUGACGAUGACCACCAUCCAUGAAUUGGAAGCAACAAUGCCAGCAACAACAACGACAGCCAAUCAAGGAGCAACAAUGCCAGCAACAACGACAACCGCCACCCAAGGAGCAACAAUGUCCAUUAUGAUGACGACCAUGAUCCAAGGAGCAACAAUGCCAGCAAGGAUGACGACCGCCAUUCAAGAAGCAACAAUGCCAACUACAACGACUGCCAUUAAAGAAUCAACAACGCCAAUGAUGACGGCAAAUCUGCACGGAGCGAUGCCAUUCCAGGAAGCCUGACAUCGGCAAUGAACCAGGUUGUUAACAGCAUUAGGAUUAUGCAGAGAGUACAGGACAGGAGUCUGCAACAUGCAGAAGCCCCGACAAGAGCCAUACAUGCACUUACCACCGAGUUAGGGGAGGUACGCUUGAUGAUGGGAACACUGAUUGGCAUGCUCAACCAAUCAUCUAGACCCCAAACAACAGAACUCUCAGACUUAACAGGACCCAAAGAUGUUGAUUUACCCACACGGGCGUUGAUCUCCGAUGUGGACUUGAGGUCCAUCCGUGCUAUGUUGGGGUUCUCCAGAAAUUUUGCCGCUCAUCUUGUGCAGCAGCUUUUUCCGGAUUGAUUUACUGCUGCCAAGAUCAGAAGCCUCUAUAACUGCAACGGUAGUGGACAAAACAAAAAACAACUGUAAAACAAGAGAUGUGUUUGUCAGAAACACAAUGACCCCUAAUGCGCCGCUUUGAAUUAUUAUUUUGACCUUUGACCUUGAAGGAUGACCUUGACCUUGACCUUUCACCACUCAAAAUGUGCAGCUCCAUGAGAUAUACAUGCAUGCCAAAUAUCAAGUUGCUAUGUUCAAUAUUGCAAAAGUUAUGAAGAAGGUUAAAGUUUUGGUUAAAGUUUUGAUCUGGGGGCAUAAAAAAAACGUAUACGAAGGCAUCUUAAUAGUGUGAUAUUGUAUUGAAAUGAACUUGUUAUGAACAACAGGUAUACACAUACAAUAUAGUCACUCGCUAACUUGACAACUGAUCUUUUCGAAAGACUUUGAAAUUAAAAUACUUACUGCGCAUGUCUCAAAUUUAUAUUCAAAUUAAUACAUGUACCAGUACUAAGUGUCUAUGGCGACAGUGAUUUUAUAGUUCCUAAGAUUCAAUACUACUAAAGUAAUAAUAUCAUCUUUACUUAAAAAAUAAUCACUUAGACCGAAGAACAAAAUUUUGGAAGUGCAUGUCUAGUUACAUGGCACAAUUUCUACAUAGGCCACAGUUCCCAAGGUUGAUGACAACAAUGACAAUCGCCCAAUGCCACUUCUAGAGUUGAGUGUCCCCAUCGACAUGCCUGUAACUAGUGAUGAGACGGGUGGCCCGGUCAUCGACAACGGAGUGGUUGAUCCAUUCGCAAACGACAAUGUAUGCGACAUGCACAUGACUCAUGACGAGAUUGACGACUUCGACCAAUCUGCUGACCCUGCCGACCCGGUUAUAGACUCGACAACUCAAUCUGCUGACCUUUUCUCCGAUGGGGACAUGAACUUCAUCCGCAUGGAGUUAGACAUAACAGACGUUAUCGACGUAGUCGAACCCAUCAAAGAGGACAGCUUCAAUGUGGCGCUGUCAGAGACAGUUCUCGAGGACCAGGGCGUCACCUACACCAUAAUUGAGCUGGCAGCCAGCAAGAACAUCCCAUACUCGUUUCAAACCUAGGCUAUGCCAUUCCGUAAAGACUGACAACAAGAAGUCGGGGACAGUGACCUGGCGAUGCUUGUUUUGCAGCAUAGCCUUACGUUGCCCAGUCACCGUCAGCCAGAGAGGUGCCAACUUUGUCCAGAACAGGGAGCACUUGCAUGCUGCAGUGCCAGACCAAGAACUUCAAAAUCGGGUGUACUCUAAGGAUACCGCACCUUCCUGAAUGCAUAAGCUCGUAGCAGAGUUGGUUUUUACCGACUGGUUCCACAUCCGAGACAAGAAUCUGAAAUGGUGCGGAUGCUUGUUGAAGGCAGCAACCUCCACUGGAUAACCACAACGUGAGCUGCAAAGGUCCAGAAGUCCCUGGUGUCCAACUGGGACAAGUCAAAAGAAUGCACCACCUCCGAGUUCCUGGCCAAGAUAGGUGAAGUGUACGGCGUUGUGCUGGCGUUAUGUACAUGUAAAUUUUAUUAUAAAGUUUAAAUUAUGGUGAAUUUUGUCAUGUUGACUGUAUAUUGUUUGUAUUUUAUUGGUAAAUGUAUAUUUUGUAAUUAAGAAAAUAAAAAAGUUCAUACAUGUUUUAUGUGGUACUCCAUUUUGAUACAUGUUAAACAAUAUCAUUAUGUUAUUGAAAUUAUGUAUAUUUUGUAAUAAAUUAUGUAUAUUUUUUAAUUAAGAUGUUUAACAAUAUUAUUAUGUAAUUGAAAUUAAUUGAAAUUAUUCAUAUUUUGCAAUCAAGCAAAAACAACUUCAUACAUGUUUUAUGUCGUUUUCACAUUUAACAAUAUUAUUAUGUAAUUAUGUUGAAUUUUGUUA